UGACAGGCUUCUAGUUUUUCUGCCUUCUGUUCACACCCUUCAAAGUAAAUAUUUUCGAUCUUUGAAUGUAAAACCUUCAUAAACUACUCCUAUUUUCUAAACGAUAUUGAGAACUAAUAUUAUGCAAAAAUGGUACUGUUGAACUAACAUCUACGAUCAGCCCGAGAGAAUGUUACUUCUGAUUCAUCUCUUAAUCAAGAAGCAGUUCAUUCUUCGAAAGGCGAUAGGAAGUGGUUAUGUUGAUUCAAGUAGCCUUUUAUGUGUUUGAUACAAGUUCUCUGUACACUAUCAAUGCUGUGAAACAGAAAUGGUACUGCCUUUCUGGUUUUACGUUUAUGUUUCUUGUUUCUUCUCCUCUUUUUAACAAUUCUUACAAUAAAAUCAGAUUGUUUUUUACAACAAACUUUGUUAAGAUAGAAAGAGAUUCCAUGUACAGAUACUUGUGUCAUACAUUAAACAUUUGCAUUUAUCGCUAACUAUGAAUUAGUGUACAUGUGUUAUAUCGGAGCAUCUAUUGACUAUUUGAUCUCUUCUUGGUAGUUGCUGUGAACUGAAGAUCGUGUUCAGACCACUAGUGCCGUAAAUUGCAUGUUACUGCUAGCUAAUUCUGGAUUACUAGUAUAUGUAGAUAAGCAUUCAUUGACUUUUUUGUUUUGCCAGGUUGUUAAGACGUGAUUAGAUGAGUUUACUAUGAUUUAAAUAUUUGCAUUUUUGCUAAUUACUAAUCCUAUGAAUUAGUGUACUUGCAGUAGCAGCUAAGAACCCAUUGACUUCUUAAAUGCUCCAGGCUGUUCAGGAAGUAAUGUCAGAUGAGCAUAUAAUAUAAACAAGGGGUUUGUCUAGUGUGUGCCCAUGGGCACAUUCUAAGCGCGGAGUUUUAUAAGUUUGGCAGGUUUUGAUUGGUGUGGUUGUUGCAUUUGCGGGGGGGUCCACCAUUAUUAACAUGCAAAAGCCAAUCAAAACCUCCCAAAUUUAUAAAACUCCGCGCUUAGCAUGUGCCCAUGGGCACAUACUAGAAAAACCGUAUAAACAAUGCUAGUAAUACUAUAGCUGCAACUAUUUCAUCAAUCUCAAUAUACAUAUAUCCAAUAUUAGGCAAUAAUCAUUAUUGUUAAUCUUUCUGAAAAAUAAGCAAUAAUCAUGGUGGGUUUAGCGGACAUUCCAAUUGUGGGAAAGUUUGUGGAAAAAGUAUCUGAAUAUACAGUUGAUGCAGUGUUUCGUGGUUUGCACUACAUGUUCUGUUAUCAAACUCUUGUUAACGAUCUCAAAUCUGAAAUUGAGAAACUUAACAUCGAGAAGGAAAAGAUAUCCAGGAAAGUUAUGGAAGAAAAAGCUAAUGGGAAGACAAUUGAAGACUAUGUAGUGAAAUGGGAAAUCGACGUGGAAGAGAUCCAGAAGAGUGCUCAAGAGCUUUCACCUUCAUACAGCUGCAUCCAGCAUCUGCCCAUUCCUAAUCCCAUCUCCCGUUUUCGAAUUGGCAGGAAUGCAAUGAAGAAGGCUGAGGCAGUAACUCAACUCACCAAUUCCGGAAAGGAACAUCUAACUGGAGGGAUUGCAUACCUUCCAGAGGUUAUAAUCAUGCCAAAUUCUGAUACCACAUUCGAGGAGUUUCAAUCCAGAAAAGAUGCUUACCAGAAACUCUGGGACUCGCUUGUGAAUGAAGAUGGUCCUCUGAUUCACGGCAUAUAUGGAAUGGCCGGAGUUGGAAAAACUCGCAUGAUGGAACAGUUUUGGGAAGAUGCCAUAAAGAAGAAGAUUUUCAAAAAGGCGGUACGAGUUAACGUAGGCAGUGAAAACGUGGAAAAAACAAAGUUGCAAGAACAGAUUGCUGGCCUUCUAGAUUGCAAUUUGGCGUCGGAAGUUAUGGAAAGAAGAGCUUCUCAGCUGGAAAACAGUUUAAGGAAUGGGGAUAAGAUUCUUCUUAUAUUAGAUGAUGUUUGGAGGGACAUUCACUUGGACAAUAUCAUUGGAACUCCAUUUGACAAUGGUAGUAGUUCUUCCAAGGGUUCUAAAAUUCUCUUCACAUCUCGAAAGAAAGAAGUAUGCCUGCAUAAUAACUGCAAGAAUUUUAUUGAGGUCCAAACCUUAAGUCCUGAUGAAGCUUUGUAUCUGUUCAAGAAGACUGUUGGUUCUGCUGAUUCAAAUAAUCCUCUACCGGAUGAAUCCCUGGUGAAAGAAGUUUGUGAUAAGUGUGGUCAAUUGCCAUUACUCAUUCAUGCGGUUGGCAAAGCAUUAAAAGGCAAGCCUCACUAUUGGUGGAAGGACGCACACGAUCAACUUAAGAAGGGCAAAUUUGAAGAAAUUACUGAUGUAGAUCCGCAAGUAUACAUCGGUAUUAAACUGAGUAUUGAUUAUCUACAAAAUGAUGAUGCCAAGUCAUGUCUUUUUCUCUGUUCCAUGUUUCCUGAAGAUGCUAACAUUGAUAUGAAGAUGCUGAUCCAGUUAGCUACAGGCUCGCAACUUAUACCCAGUGGAGAAUCAAGAGUACUUGCUAUGGUUGAUUAUCUCAAGAAAUCUUCUUUGUUGCUCGACUCUCGUGAUAAUGCUGAAACUAAGGUUCAUGAUAUUAUCAGAGACGUAGCAAGAUCCAUAGCUUUCACAGAUUCAAAAUAUGCAUUUUUACAGGUAACAUGCAGCUCACGGUACUUGCCUUCUCAGGCCAAUAAUAGUACCCGAAGAUUCUUACGUUUAGAUGUAGAGACUGAUGUUGAUUUUGGCGAGCAUCAGGUAUUCCCAGACCUGCAUACCUUGUGGCUACAAAGCAACUACCAUCCCUGGUGGGGACAAUCCAACCGUCCGCAACAGUUCUCAGGUGGCUUCUACAGUAUGUUUGUGAAUCUUAGUUGUCUGAUGCUACAAAGUGUGGACAUUUCUUCGAAGCACUUCUCUCUUCAGCCUUUGGGUAAUCUUGGGACGCUUAGUUUAUUAGAGUGUGAAAUAAGCAACACGGAUGCUAGACUUUUUCCCAAAAGUCUAGAAUCUCUUUGCAUUUAUGAAUGUAAGCUCCCAGAGCCGCUGGAUGUAGAAAACCUGGAAUGUCUUCGAAAGCUAGAGAUCCAAGGACGGAGAGCUGUAUUGGUAAGGGAGAAUGUCAUAUCUAGUCUAUCCAGUCUCGAAGAAUUACAUGUGUCACAUGGAUUCGUCCAUAGCUAUUACGAAUAUCAUAUGGAGCCCAUAGUGAAGGAGAUUAGUAAAUUGACUCGUCUCACAAGUCUACAUUUUGAAUUCUAUGAGGAUAAUACUUUUCAAGGUACAGAUAUAUCUUUUAACAUAGACAGAUACAAUAUAUUUGUCGGUCAAAGGCCACAUGAGUAUUCUCGCUAUGACCAACACUGGGAAGUUCCAUUAACGAGGUCGAUUGAGUUGAUGGGCAAUCACUCGAAGCCUUGGGAAGGUUUGAUUGUGAGCGCUGAACAAGUGGUUUUGUGCUACAGCAAUGUAGACGCGAGUAGCAUUUUCAAUGAUCACAAAGGAGCAUUUGAUGACUUGAAAAUACUGAAUAUUUAUAUAUGUGACAACAUGGGGCAUCUAGCAAGAAUAUCACGGGAUGGGAUUCAGGACAGUGUUCAAUCAGCAACAUGUUUCUCCAAACUAAGCAUUUUGAAGAUUAGUAGGUGCUCUAAAUUAAAAUACCUCUUCUGCAACAACAUUGCAAAAACUUUGGUACAACUGCAGGAGCUGUCCGUAGAUCAUUGUGAUUCUAUGGAAGCGAUCGUAAUGAAUGAAGGCACAAGUGAUGGAGAAAUCAUAAAUUUCUCCAAAUUAAGAUCACUCGAUAUAGAAGAUAUGCCCAAACUCAGAAGCUUUUGCGCAGAAAAUUCCGACUACCCCUCUGCUCAGUCUCUGGUCCUUUUGGAUAGAAUGGUUGCAUUCCUUUCCUUAGAAUAUAUAUCCAUACGUGAGUGUGGAAGCUUGAGAAGAAUGUUCGCAUCUUCUGUUGCCCGUGAUCUUAAGCAGCUUAAGAAAAUGAUAGUAAGAGAAUGCAAGGAAAUGAGAAGUAUAACUAGAGUUGAUGAACAAGAAAUCAGUGAUGGCAUACUGUUCCCUGAGUUGACAUAUCUAGAGCUAGUUGAUUUGCCAAAUUUGAUGAGUUUUUGGAGUAAUCAAAAUGGAAAAGCUGAUACUUGCAAGCAGGCACCGCUCAUCCCUCGACUCUCGCCAAAUGUUGUUCCAGACUUCCCUGAUCCCAAAAGUUUUUUUGAUGAUGAAAAUUUCAAGUUGUAUAUGCCGAUUUUAAACAAGGUGAUAGUUGAUAAUUGUCAAAUCACAACUCUUUUCACCUUCUCAGUUUCAGGAAACUCCAACUCGAAACUUGAACUUGCAAGAUUGCCCAACCUCAAAAGGUUUUUCCAUGUUGCAAAUUAUGAAUUUCAUAUGCCGGUUUUGAAGAUGGUGGAAAUUUGUGAAUGUGGAUUAUCUGAUACUCUUUUUACGCGCUCUAUCUUUAAUAAUCUCCAACAACUAGAAGAAUUGCAUAUAAGUGAUUGCAAACUGUUGGAUGGCAUCUUUGAGGAUGCAGUUGGUGAUGAAAUUGUGGAUAUGAGUGACAGGAUCAUCACACUUAAUCGAGUCUCUACGGUAUAUCUUGACGGAUUACCAAAGUUUAAAAGUGUUUUCUAUGGUGCAACUUACGAGUGUCGUAUGCCGGCUUUAAGGAAUGUGACAAUUGCUGGAUGUGAACUCCAUAUUCUUUUUACAUGCUCGGUGUUUCGAGAAAUCAGACAAGUUGAAAAAUUAAAUAUAAGGAGCUAUGAAUCGUUGGAACACAUUGUUAAAGAGGUCGGUGGUGACGAAACCUUUGGGGUAAAUGGUACAAGUAUCAUCACAUCCCCUCAACUCAAAUCAGUUGAGCUUCAAGAUUUGCGAAACCUCAAGAGUUUCAGCUACAGCAGGAGCUAUGUUUUUAAUAUGCCCAAACUAGAGUACUUUCAACAGAAUGACUGUAAUAAGAUGGAAUAUUUCAGUUUCUUGGAUACUAGCGCCCCGUUUGUACAUGUUCAUCCAAAUCCUGACGGAAGUGAAGCAUUUCAAAACGUGAACGAUUAUGUAAGAGAACUGGCAAAAGCGAGAGCUGCUAGGUAUUAUAGUUCAUGUUGCAGCGCCAUACACGCUAAUUGGUACUGGUACGAAGAAGAAGCAUUUGCGGACGUAAACGACUACCAAAUCAUAUUCAAUAUUGUGCUUUUUGGGAAAAAACAAACAAUCAUGGUGGGUUUAGCUGACAUUCCAGUGGUGGGAGUAUUUGUGGAAAAGUUAUCUGAAUAUACCGUUGAAGCUGUGUUUCGUGCCUUGCGCUAUAUGUUCUGUUAUAAAGCUCUUGUUCAUCAACUCAAUUCCGAAACUGAGAAGCUUAAUAUUGAGGAGGUCAACAUGUCCAGGGAAGUUGAGAAAGAAAAGAAUAAUGGUAAAAUAAUCAAAGACUAUGUAUCGAAAUGGCAAGUCAAUGCGCAAGAGAUUCAGAAGAGUGCUGCUCAAGAGCUUUCACCUUCAUGCAGCUGCAUCCAGCAUCUGCCCAUUCCCAAUCCCAUCUCCCGUUUUCGAAUUGGUAGGAAUGCGGUGAAGAAGGCCGAGGCAGUGACUCAACUCACCACUUCUGGAAAGGAACAUCUAGCUGGAGAGAUUGCAUACCUUGGAGGGCUUAUAAACAUUCCAAAUCCUGAUACCACUUUCGAGGAGUUUCCAUCCAGAAAAGAUGCUUAUCAGAAACUCUGGGAUUCGCUUGUGGACGAAGAUGGUCCUCUCAUUCACGGCAUCUAUGGAAUGGCCGGAGUUGGAAAAACCCGCAUGAUGGAACAGUUUUGGAAAGAUGCCAUAGAGAUGAAGAUUUUCAACAAGGUGGUACGUGUUAAUGUAGGCAAUGAAAACAAGGACGAAAUAAAGUUGCAAGAACAGAUUGCUGGCCUUCUAUAUUGCGAACAUCUGAUGUCAAAAGUUUUGGAAAGAAGAGCUUCUCAACUGGAAAACAGUAUAAGAAAUAGCGGUAAAGUUCUCUUUAUACUAGAUGACGUAUGGGAGGAUAUUCACUUAGACAAAAUCAUUGGAACUCCAUUUGGCAAUGGCACUAGUUUUUCUGGGGGUUCUAAAAUCCUCUUUACAUCUCGAGAGAGAGAUGUAUGCUUGCUUAACAGUUGCGAGAAUCUUGUCGAGAUCAAAACUCUGAGAACUGAUGAAGCUUUAUAUCUAUUCAAGAAGACUGUUGGUCCUGAUACAAUUAACUCUCUUCAGGAUGAAUCUCUGCUACGAAAUGUGUGUGAUGAGUGUGGUCACUUACCAUUACUCAUUCAUGCUGUUGGCAAAGCACUAAAAGGCAAGCAACACAUUUCGUGGGAGGAUGCUCACAAUCAACUUAAGAAGGGCAAAUUUGAAGAAAUUGGAGUGGAUCCACGAGUAUAUAAGGGUAUUAAAUUGAGUAUUGAUAAUAUAAGAUAUGAAGAUGCGAGGAGGUGUCUUUUCUUGUGUUCCAUGUUUCCAGAAGAUGCUAACAUCGAUAUGAAGAUGCUAAUCCAGUUAGCAACAGGCUCCCAGCUUAUACCCGAUGGAGAAUCGAGAGUACUUGCUAUGGUUGACCAUCUCAAAAGAUCUUCUUUGUUGCUCGACUCUGGGAAAGCAAAUGAAACAAAGGUUCAUGAUAUUAUCAGAGACAUAGCAAGAUCCAUAGCUUUCGCAGAUUCGAAAUAUGCAUUUUUACAGGUAACAUGUAACUCACCGGACUUGCCAUCUAAUGUCAAUUAUUGUAAUCGAAGAUUCUUACGUUUAGAUGCGGAAGCUGAUGAUGUUGAAUUCGACGAGAUAUGCCCAGACCUGUGUGCCUUGUGGCUACAAAGCAACCGCCAUCCACAACAAUUCUCGGGUGGCUUCUUCAGUAUGUUUUCGAAUAUCAGUUGUCUGAUGCUACAAAAGGUGAAAAUUUCUUUGGAGCACUUCUCUCUUAAAGCUUUGUGUAAUCUUGGGACGAUUAGUUUAUUAGAGUGUGCCAUGAGUGACACAGGUGUUAUUCUUUUUCCCGAAAAACUAAAAACUCUUUGCAUAUGUCAAUGUUGGCUCCCAUCGCUGGAUGUAGCUUACCUGAAAUGUCUUCGAAAGCUAGAGAUCCAAGAAAGGGAACCUUUAUGGGUAGCGAAGAAUUUCAUAUCUAGUCUAUCCAGUCUGGAAGAAUUGCAUAUAUCAAAUGGAUUCACCCAGAACGCAUUUAAAUAUGAUUUGGAGCCCAUAGUGAUGGAGAUUAGUAAAUUGACUCGUCUCACGAGUCUACAUUUUGAAUUUUAUAAGGAUGGUAGCAGGAAUCCUUUUCAAGGUACAGAUAUAUUUUGUAAUAUUAAUAGAUACAGUAUAUUUGUGGGUGAAGACCAAGAUAGGACUUUCAUGCCCCGACGAGAUUGGAAAGUUCCAUUAACCAGGUCGAUUGAGUUUAUGGGCCUUCACUCGAAACCCUGGGAAGGUUUGAUGGCGAGGGCUGAUGAGGUGGGAUUAAGUUACAGCGAUAUACAAGUGAGCAGCAUUUGCCAUGGCCACGAAAGGGCAUUCCAAGACUUGAAAAGACUGCGCAUUAAUCAAUGUCACAGUAUGGAGCAUAUAGCAAGUAUAUCAUCACUGGAUGAGAUUCAGUACAGUGUUCAACCGGCAACAUGUUUCUCCAAAUUGACCAACUUAGAAGUUAUCGAGUGCUCUAAAUUUAAAUACCUCUUCUGCAGCAACAUUGCAAAAGGUUUGGUACAACUGCAAGAGCUCAGUCUACGAUAUUGCAACUCUAUGGAAGCCAUCACAAUGAAUGAAGGCACAGGAGAAAUCAUAAAUUGGUCCAAAUUAAAAUCACUAAAGUUGGUGCAUAUGCAGAGACUCGCAAGCUACUACGUUACAAACUCUGCCUACCCCUCGUCUCAAUAUAAGCCACUUUUCGAUGGAAUGGUUGCACUUCCUAGCUUGGAAUAUAUAUUAAUACGCGAGUGCCACAGCUUGAGCAGUAUAUUCUCCCCUUCUUUUGCCGGUGAUCUCAAGCAGCUUAAGCAAAUGAAUAUAAGAGACUGCAAGGAGAUGACAGGGAUAACCGGAGUUGAUGAACAAGCAAUCAGUGAUGGCAUACUGUUUCCUGAGCUGACGUCUAUGGAACUAGUUAAUUUACCAUGUCUGACAAGUUUUUGGUGCUACAGGAAAGCUAAUUUAUCAUGUUUGACAAGUUUUUGGUGCUACGGGAAAGCUAAUACUUGCAAGGUACCACUGAAACUCUCCCUGUUGUCUUCAGUUGUUCUUAUGGACUUGCCUGAUCUCAGAAGCUUUUUUCAUGAUGAAAAUUUCGAGUUUGAUAUGCCGGCUUUAAAGAUGGUGAUAGUUGACGGGUGUCGACUCUCAACUCUUUUUACCUUCUCUAUGUUGAGGAAAUUUCAACUCAAAAAAUUAGGUGUAAAGAAUUGUGAAUUUUUGGUGAACAUUGUUGAGGAUUUGAGGGCUGAUGAGAUUUGUGACCAGCCUAUCAUGCUUUCUGAACUCACAGAAGUUAAUCUUGCUAAUUUGCCAAAGAUGGAAGGGUUUUUCCAUAAUGCAAAUUUUGAGGUCCAUAUGCCAGCUUUGAAGAAAGUCAACGUCACUAGCUGCACACUUUCAACUCUUUUCACGCUCUCUAAGUUCAGAAUAUUACAACUUGAAAAAUUAGAGGUAUUGGACUGUGAAUUGUUGGAGAACAUUGUGGAGGAUUCAAGGGGUGAUGUGACUUGUGACAGGAUUGUAACACUCUCAAAGCUCGCAGCAAUCACUCUGGAAAAAUUGCCAAAGCUCAAAAGUUUUUUCCAUAAUGCAAAUUAUGAGUUCCAUAUGCCGGUUAUGAAGAAAGUGAAAGUUCUUAAAUGUGGAUUAUCUAAUGCUCUUUUCACGCGCUCCAUCUUCAAAAAUCUCAAACAAAUGGAAGAAUUAAGUGUAUGUGAUUGUGAAUUGCUGGAAGGCAUCUUUGAGGAUGCGAAGGCAGGUGACACUCUAGAUACGAGUGACAAGAUUAUCACACUCAAUCGAGUCUCUACAGUUCAUCUUGAAGGUUUACCAAAGUUCAAAAAUAUUUUCUAUGGUGCAACAUACGAGUGCUAUAUGCCGGCUCUAAAAGAUGUGAAAAUUGUUGGCUGUGGACUCUCUGUUCUCUUCACGUGCUCAGUCUUCCGAGUUUUUCAACUUCAAAAAUUACAUGUAUCUCACUGCGAAUCUUUGGAACACAUCGUUGAGGAGGUUGGGGGUGAUGUGACUUGUGACAGGAUUGUAACACUCUCCCAGCUCGCAACAAUCACUCUGGAAAAAUUGCCAAAGCUCAGAAGUUUUUUCCAUAAUGCAAAUUAUGAGUUCCAUAUGCCAGUUAUGAAGAAAGUGAAACUUCUUGAAUGUGGAUUAUCUAAUGCUCUUUUCACGCGCUCUAUCUUCAAAAAUCUCAAACAAAUGGAAGAAUUAAGUGUAUGUGAUUGUGAAUUGCUGGAAGGCAUCUUUGAGGAUGCGAAGGCAGGUGACACUCUAGAUACGAGUGACAAGAUUAUCACACUCAAUCGAGUCUCUACAGUUCAUCUUGAAGGUUUACCAAAGUUCAAAAAUAUUUUCUAUGGUGCAACAUACGAGUGCUAUAUGCCGGCUCUAAAAGAUGUGAAAAUUGUUGGCUGUGGACUCUCUGUUCUCUUCACGUGCUCAGUCUUCCGAGUUUUUCAACUUCAAAAAUUACAUGUAUCUCACUGCGAAUCUUUGGAACACAUCGUUGAGGAGGUUGGGGGUGAUGUGACUUGUGACAGGAUUGUAACACUCUCCCAGCUCGCAACAAUCACUCUGGAAAAAUUGCCAAAGCUCAGAAGUUUUUUCCAUAAUGCAAAUUAUGAGUUCCAUAUGCCAGUUAUGAAGAAAGUGAAACUUCUUGAAUGUGGAUUAUCUAAUGCUCUUUUCACGCGCUCUGUCUUCAGAAAUCUCAAACAAAUGGAAGAAUUAAGUGUAUGUGAUUGUGAAUUGCUGGAAGGCAUCUUUGAGGAUGCGAAGGCAGGUGACACUCUAGAUACGAGUGACAAGAUUAUCACACUCAAUCGAGUCUCUACAGUUCAUCUUGAAGGUUUACCAAAGUUCAAAAAUAUGUUCUAUGGUGCAACAUACGAGUGCUAUAUGCCGGCUCUAAAAGAUGUGAGAAUUGUUGGCUGUGGACUCUCUGUUCUCUUCACAUUCUCAGUCUUCCGAGGUUUUCAACAACUUGAAAACUUACAUGUAUCUAACUGCGAAUCAUUGGAACACAUCGUUGAGGAGGCCGGGGGUGAUGAAAUUUCUGAGAUGAACAGUAAGACUAUCAAAUCAUCUAAACUCUCAUCAGUUACUCUUGAAUCUUUGCCAAACCUCAAAAGUUUCAGUGGCGCUGUGAGCUAUGUCUUCGAUAUGUCCAAAUUGCAGAAUUUUAGGCUUAUUAAUUGUCCCCGGAUAGAUAAUUCCAGUUCCUCGAAAAUAAACACAUCGUUAGUGUGUGUAACUAGUGACUGGUGUAGUGAGGAAGAAUUCCAGGACUUGGACGACUUCAUAAGACAGAAUCAGAUAAGAGGAAGCUACUCCCGUGCGAGGGUUGGAGAAUCGAGUUAUAGUAAAUGUGAAACCAACAUUUCAGUCUAGAGCCCAAUCGGAUGACUCAAGAACAGACUAGAGGCUAAUUACAUUCAUGUUUGUAAUCUUUUAGGUCCGGUUUGGUAUUAGUGUCGUAGACAACAUCAGUUUUUCCUGAAAAACGGGUAAAAAGCUAGCUUUUUGGAAUAACAUAUUCUAGCUAAAAAAUUGCUUUUAGGAAAAACAGGUCUCCAAAAUUAAUGUGUGGCUUUUGCCGGAAGCUAUCA